AUGCCACUUAUCGCAUCAAAUAUCAAGUUUACGCAAGCUACUAACCCUCGGAAAGUGCCGCAGGUUGAUUCCAACGAAAUAUGGGCACAAAACGUUUCAUCCGACCAUAUGUUGACCUGUCAAUGGACAACGGAACGCGGCUGGGAUGCUCCAGAGAUUAAGCCUGUCGCUGAUUUGAAUAUCUCACCGUUAGCCUCGUGCCUCCAUUAUGCAACGCAGUGUUUUGAGGGUAUGAAAGUGUAUCGCGGGUUUGAUGGCAAAAUCCGACUUUUCAGACCUGAACUCAACGCGAAGAGAUUGGCUAUGAGCGCCAAAUGUGUCUCGCUGCCGCAAUUCGACGCAGAUGAGUUGGUGAAGCUGAUUAUGGCACUGGUGCAAAUUGAAUCCCCAAAGUGGCUUCAGAAACCAGGGAGUUUUCUCUACAUACGGCCUGCGCUCAUCGGAAAUGAUGCUCAGCUCGGGGUUAGAGUACCCAAGAAGGCCACGCUGUUUAUUCUUCUUAUGUGUUGGCCCGACUUCUCGAAGUCAAACUUGCGACUGCUUACGUCCCGAGGUGAUGCCAUUCGGGCUUGGCCAGGGGGCUUCGGCCAUGCCAAAGUUGGCGCAAACUAUGGUCCUAGCUUUGUUCUUCAUGACGAGGCUGUGCAGGCUGGCUAUGAUCAGGUUUUGUGGCUGUUCGGGCCGGAGGGCCAAGUAACAGAAGCGGGCGCCAGCAACUUCUUCGCCGUUAUAAGGAGCAGAGAAACUGGAAGGCACCAGCUUCUAACGGCUCCUCUAGAUGAGAAGAUUAUUCUUGAUGGAGUAACUCGACGGUCAGUCAUUGAGCUAGUCAAGGCGAAUCUAGCCAAUGAGCUCGAGGUUGUCGAGUCGUCCUUCACAAUGAGCGACCUUCAAGUUGCUUGGGAAGAGGGUCGCUUUCUGGAAGCAUUCGUUUCUGGCACUGCUUUUUUCAUCACAAAAGUGGCAGCAAUUCAAUAUAACCACCAAGACCUCGAUCUGCCGCAGAACGAUGAUCCACUAGCCACAAAUUAUGGCUCAUCAAUUCGAUCUUGGCUGCACAAUAUAAUGUUUGGUAAAGAACAUAAAGAACAACAUGAAUGGGGUGUAGUGGUUGAUAUGGAAGCAAGCAAUAUAUCUUACUAGUUAGGUAGUACUGUAUGCAUUUUAUC